AUAAUUACCUAUGGGCUAUCUAGUAGCCUGGGCGAUCAAGACUCUUUUCAUUUUUUCUGGUUUGUUAAACAAUCAUAUCCCAGAUCCACUCUUAUUGUCUGGCUCAUUUAUGAUUUGAGUCUGAAGAAGAAAUUUGGUUCCUUAAACAAUCAUCCCUGAUCCACACUCCUAUUGCGUGGCUUCCGUAUGAUUUGUUUCUGAAGAAAGGGUUUGGUUCCUCAAACAAUCAUAUCCCAGACCAACUCCUACUGUCUGGCUUCUGCAUGAUCUGUGUCUGAAGGAGGGAUUAUUGUCCUAGUUCUUUUGCUGCUUCUGUCAUAUGAUGAGAAAAAUGCUCAUUUGAUGAAAUUUGAAAAAGCUUCUGAGAACCUGCAACUUUUCAAGGUAGACCUGCUGGAUCGCAGUUCAGUUUCUGCAGCCAUCAAAGGAUGUGAUGGAGUCUUCCAUGUUGCCAGUCCAGUUCCCUCUGGCAGUGUACCCAACCCUGAGGUACAACUAAUUGAGCCAGCUGUAAAGGGUACACUUAAUGUACUCGAGGAAAGUUCUGCAGCAAAUGUCAAGAGAGUGGUGUUUGUAUCUUCUGGAGCUGCUGUUUCCAUGAACCCUGCUUGGCCUGAGGGUCAAGUGAAGGAUGAAGCUUGUUGGUCUGAUAAAGAAUAUUGCAGAAAAACUAACAACUGGUAUUGCCUUUCCAAAACAGAAGCAGAAAGUGAGGCACUGGAGUUUGCAAAAAGAAGUGGACUUGAUGUUGUGACAGUGUGUCCAACUCUUGUUCUUGGGCCAAAGCUCCAGUCUUCAACAAAUGCUAGUAGUUUGGUUCUCAUCAAGCUUUUGAAAGAAGGAUACGAUGAAGUCGAAAACAGGUCACGGAUGGUGGUAGAUGUCCGGGAUGUAGCUGAAGCGUUGUUACUGGCAUACGAGAAGCCUGAAGCCGAAGGAAGAUACAUAUGCACUGCUCACUUGAUCAAGUCAAAAGAUAUGGUGGAAAUAGUGAGGAAAAUUUACCCCGACUACAAUUAUCCUAAGAAGUUUAUUGAGGGAAAAGACAGUGAUAAGCUGAGUUCAGAGAAAUUGCAGACGCUGGGAUGGAGAUACAAAGCAUUAGAAGAGACUCUGGUUGAUUCCAUCGAAAGCUACAUACAAGCAGGACUUCUGGACUGAAAGAGCUUUUCUUCUUGGCACUCUGUGUUGUGUUGUAGUGUUUUCAAUUUGCACAUCACCCAGCAUUCUUAUUCUAUACAUGUUAUGGAUAUGUGUUCAUAUGGUAAUUUGAGAUAGGGGAGAAAUUGGGAGAUUUCUUGCAUUCAUAAUGAGGAUUAGUCUCUCCUCCUAUGGUUUGAAGGCCUACACGGUCUUAGGCCAUUACAUGGAGAGAUCUGAAAUCGUUUUAUGGUAUGCGCUCCAGAGAUAUAUUUAA